GUAAGGCAAUUUGAAAGACACCUUCGGGUCCUGAAAGAAGACAUCUACGCUAGGAAUCCUGCGAUCUUUCUUUUCAGCGAGGACUCGUAAUACACCAACAUGGGAAAGUGUCGUGGUCUGCGUACUGCCAGGAAACUGCGGAACCACCGCCGUGAGCAGAAAUGGCACGAUAAGCAGUACAAGAAGGCUCACUUGGGUACCGCUCUGAAGGCCAAUCCCUUCGGAGGCGCUUCCCAUGCCAAAGGCAUCGUUCUCGAGAAAGUGGGUGUUGAAGCUAAGCAGCCCAACUCUGCUAUCAGGAAAUGUGUAAGAGUUCAGCUCAUCAAAAACGGCAAGAAGAUCACGGCGUUCGUUCCCAACGAUGGUUGCUUGAACUUCAUUGAGGAGAACGAUGAAGUUCUGGUGGCAGGAUUCGGUCGUAAGGGCCAUGCCGUGGGUGACAUCCCAGGUGUGCGUUUCAAGGUGGUGAAGGUUGCCAAUGUGUCCCUCCUGGCCUUGUACAAAGGCAAGAAGGAGAGACCCAGAUCAUAAAUUUUUCAAAGUUAAUAAAGCGUAACUAAACCAGAA